UUCGCGAACUUUCCUUCAUUUUCUCACAAGCAAAACAAAACAAACAACCAUUCUCUUCCACUCUUAUUCACUCUCUCGAGAAAACAAAGAUUAUUUCAUCUAAUUUGCCCUCAAUUGUUUCGAAUUAGAGUUUAAUUUAUUCAACUAAUCAUCAUCUAAAAAUGUUUAAGAAAGCAGUGGAGGCCAAAUCGCAUCAGAGACUAUCAGGAGCCGACCGGAAGAAGCUUAAACGAAGCAUCAGAGAUAAAUUCCCUCGCGCUUCCGAUGCUGAUAUCGACAUUCUUCUUCCUCCUAAAGCAGAUAUAACCGUGGCAAAGUUUCAGAAUAGGGUUCAUGUUUAUGGCGUUGAAGCUGGAUUUCCCAUGUUUUUUGAUGUUGAUGGUCGCGGCACUGAUAUUUUUCCUACAGUUUUUGCCCUAUGGAACGUUCCUGAACUAUUACCGUCUUUUACAUUGAAGGGUGGUGAGGUCUCUCAAUUUAUCAUUGGAGGAGCAGAUUUGAUGUUCCCUGGUAUUAGUAUACCUGCCGAAGGUCUACCAUCUUUUUCAACUGGGGAAACAUGGGCAGUUAAAGUUCCGGGCAAUCCAGCACCAAUAGCGGUUGGCUCCACAACUUUGAGCAGCAAUGAAGCAAUAAAAGCUGGCUUGCGUGGGAAGGCCUUAAGGAUUACUCAUCAUUACCGGGACUUACUAUGGGAGUCAGUUGAGGGGCAUUAUGUGCCAAAUGCUGGUUUUUAUGAAGAUGUUGUCUUUGAGGAUCCUUCUUUUUUGUCAUCCAUUCAAGAUUCUGAUUCACGUGCAGCUGCUAGUGGUUUUUCAAAUGAUCAACAUAAUGAGGUUGACCCCAAUAAAAUUGGGGAAUUUGCUGAUGGAAAUGAUGUAAUAUCAGAUUCUCAACCAUCUUCAGUUACAAAACUUGAUUCUGAGCAUGACACAAUGGAAGAAGUCACUGCUGACAUAGGUGAUAUGAAAAUAAUGGAAAAUGUCGAUGUUGAUGAAUCAACUCUUGAGCAGCAGCAUGCAUUAUCAACCGAGGAUGUAGAUGCUUAUCUGGAAAAAUGCCUACUGCAAGCACUGCACACUACUGUUAAAGACAAAGAUCUUCCAAUUCCUGGAAGCACUCUGUGGUCAGGCCACGUCUUACCUUGCAGGCCUUCAGGAAUUAUGCUGGAUAUUAAGAAAUCAUCCCACAAGAAGCUGUCAAAGUGGCUACAAGCUAAAUCAUCUGCAGGGUUGAUUUCAGUGAAGGAGGACAAGUAUAAGAAGGAAACUAUUCUAGUUUCUGUUAAUCGCAGUCACCCAGAUUACUUAUCCUUCAAGCCAGAGAAGAGGCAGGAGCAGAAAAUUGACCAGGCCGAUGAUCCAGCUACUAGUGGAAGUCGGUCCAAAAAAUUGCUUGAAGUGACAGAGAUCUAUAAACCAAGCGUACAUGUCAAUCCCAUUUUUGCUUCUGUUGGUGCUGAUACUGGGAAACUUUACAGUGCUUCAGAAGCCUGUGAUAUUGUCUUCAAGUAUUUUGAGAAAGAAAAUCUGGUGAAGGCGACAAACAGGUCCUUUGUAGUUUUAGAUGCAACAUUAUGUGAUGCUCUGUUUAAGGGAACGGUUAAAAAAGGAUCAACAUACCCAACUGAGAUCCAUAAGAAAGAUAUUGGAUCAAUAUUUGUAAGCCGAAUGCAAGCUCAUUACAUAGUGACGAGAGGAAGUGAGUCAGCCAUUCGUAAAGGUUCAUUGAAGACAAUUCAAAUUCUAACAGAAAGACGUCAAGGUAACAAGAAGGUGACGAAAGUCUCUGGUCUAGAACAAUUCUUGAUGGAUGCUGAAGCAUUGGCAUCAGAGCUGCAGAAAAAGUUUGCUUGCAGUACAUCAGUGCAAGAGCUACCAGGAAAGAAAGGGAAUGAAGUUCUUAUUCAAGGUGGUGUUAUUGAUGAUGUGGCAAGACAUCUAGUUGAACAGUAUGGGGUUCCUAAAAGAUAUAUUGAGGUUUUUGAUAAAACCAAGAAGUGAGAAGUGCUCUUAAUGCAGUGAUGACUAUAAUGGAGAUGGCUAAGAGGCUGGGGUCUCAACAUCUGGUCUCAGCUUCUUGCUGCUUUAUUCUUAGGUGUGCAGCAGAAUUAUCAUAAACAGAUGAAAGCCUUUUGUCUGUUCAAGUCGUAAGCUAAUUUGGCUUCUACCAUAAGCGAUAUGCAUUGUUUUUCAAAAAGCAAAAUUGUAAAUAGAUCACCUGCUAGUAUUUCUUCAGUUCACUCGGUUUAAUCAUGCUGUUUCUUUAUGCAACUACUCAUCUCUAAUUGUGCUAUUUAUUUGUGCAAUCACGUACAUUUUUUUGAACGGCGAUGUAAUUGAUUUCACUUUUGUUCUCCUCUUUGAUGAUUGCUAUGUUUAUGCAUUUGAAUGUAAGACAUUAAAAGAAAGUCAGGUGAUUGUUUGAAACUUUGUUUUCUU